CCAUUCUCCUGGUUUUUAAUAUAUGGCUGCCUAUGUUGUCUUGUGCUUCAUGUUCUUGUCAUUAUUUUCCUGCAUUGCUACUACUACUGCUACCUCGUCAAAUUCUACUACCAAACAUCACCACAAGUGGGUGGGACCUUCCGGACAUCGAAAUAUCACGGUUGAUGUCAAUGGGGACGGUGACUAUAUGACGGUUCAAGAAGCCGUUGACUCCGUUUCCUCAAAUAACCGCAAGAACAUUCUCAUUCGUAUCUUGGCCGGUGUUUACGUAGAAAAGGUGGUGAUUCCAGCGAGUAAACCAUACAUAACAUUUCAAGGAGAAGGGAAAGACGAGACAGUGAUCGAAUGGCACGACCGGGCAAGUGACCGUGGGCCAGACGGGCAACAGCUGCGUACGUAUCAGACUGCUUCAGUCAUUGUGUACGCUAGCUACUUCUCUGCCCGUAAUAUUAGCUUCAAGAAUACAGCCCCGGCCCCAAUGCCAGGAAUGCACGGAUGGCAGGCCUCGGCGUUUAGGAUAUCUGGGGACAAAGCGUAUUUCUCAGGCUGCGGGUUUUAUGGGGCGCAAGACACGCUGUGCGACGACGCAGGCCGCCAUUAUUUUAAGGAGUGUUACAUUGAGGGCUCCAUAGACUUCAUUUUUGGCAAUGGUCGUUCCAUGUACAAAGAUUGCGAGCUACAUUCAAUAGCAAAGAGAUUUGGAUCGAUCGCGGCUCAUGAUAGAAGAACACCAGAUGAUAAGAGCGGUUUUGCCUUUGUAGGAUGUAAGGUGACUGGUACCGGACCGUUGUACGUGGGACGAGCCAUGGGUCAGUACUCACGGAUUGUCUACUCAUACACCUAUUUUGACAACGUUGUUGCCCAUGGCGGAUGGGACGAUUGGGACCAUGCCAGCAACAAAAGCAAGACUGCAUAUUUUGGAGUCUACAGAUGUUGGGGCCCAGGUGCAGCAGCAGUCCGUGGAGCUUCAUGGGCCAGAGAGCUAAAUUACGAUUCUGCCCAUAAGUUUCUUGCAAAAAGCUUUGUUAACGGACGACAUUGGAUUGAACCUUCUGAUGCUUAGAUUUUUUAUUUUUUAACAAAUUUAUUUAUUCAUUCAUUAUUUUCUUCAAGUAUAGAUAGAGAUAUAAAGGGGGAAAAAAAAAUACAAAAAUAAUAAUAAUCUUGAAUGAUAUAUAACUUAGUCUGUUUCAGAUUUAGGGCAUUCAUUUGUUUAUUGCACAUUUGUACUUAGCUAAAGGUUGGGCAUUCAUUUGUUUAUUGCACAUUUGUACUUAGCUAAAGGUUUUUGGUAAAUUAAUUUGUUUAUAGCAUAGUCGCAUUUGUAUAAGAAAUUUAAUUCAAGGAUUACUUUUUGUUGGA